AGAACUGAGCGGAGCGUGUCAGAACUAGAGAGUUCCAUGAUCCCCAUCAUCCAUGUGUUCCAUAAAUACUCGGGCCACAAGUGCAAGCUGAAGAAGGCAGAGCUCAAAGAUAUUAUCAAUAAUGAGAUGAGUCACUUCAUCAUUGUGAGUCACUCUCUGGUUGUAUUCCAAAUGGCACCCUAUUCCCUAUAUAGUGCACUACUUUUGACCAGAGCCCUACGGGCUCAUCCAAUUAGAAAAAUAUGAAUUGUUUUUUAGCCUUCUGUAUGAAUAAAAAAUUAUAUAAUAAAUAAUUACAUUGAACAGCUGAUUGUAAUGAUUUAGAUGACUAUUCUAUGAUUAUUAGAUUAUUACACUUUACUUAAAGCCUGCAGGUCUAUGUGUUAUUACUUGUUAUAAGCAUGAAAGGGCCUAUACAGGACAUUUUUAACUCAAAUAACCUGACACAAAUUAUAAUCUGACACAGAUUCAUUUUUACUGUUGUUCUUGUCUCUUUUAAGAAAUUCCAAGAGAAUCGGACUCUGGAUGUGCUGUUUGCAGACCUGGACCAGAACAGAGACCUGGAGAUUGACUUCCAAGAGUUCAUCGUGUUGAUCGCCAUGAUGAUGUCAGCGUGCCACGACCUCUUCAGCCCAGAUCACAACCAUUAG